AUGACCUCCCUCAAACAAUUUAUCCGCAAUGUGCGGGCCUCCAAGACCAUCGCAGACGAGCGUGCUGUCGUCCAGAAAGAGAGUGCGGCGAUCCGGGCUAGUUUUCGAGAAGAGAGCGGAGACUCGAACAUUAGUAGGAGGAACAAUGUCGCAAAGCUAUUAUACCUGUUCACCCUGGGAGAACGCACGCAUUUCGGCCAGAUAGAAUGCCUUAAACUAUUGGCCUCUCCGCGGUUUGCGGACAAACGACUGGGCUAUUUGGGGACUAUGCUGCUGCUGGACGAGAAUCAGGAAGUCCUCACAUUGGUGACGAACUCGUUGAAAAACGAUCUCAAUCAUUCUAAUCAAUAUGUCGUCGGCCUCGCUCUCUGUACCUUAGGCAACAUUGCCUCUGUCGAAAUGUCCAGAGACUUGUUCCCCGAAGUCGAGACCCUUAUAUCCACUGCGAACCCCUACAUACGUCGAAAGGCUGCGCUCUGCGCCAUGCGGAUAUGCCGCAAAGUCCCAGAUCUUCAAGAACAUUUCCUCGAAAAAGCCAAACUUCUGCUACAGGAUAGGAAUCACGGAGUCCUCCUGUGUGGAUUGACCCUGAUAACGAGCAUGUGCGAGGCAGAUGAAGCAGAAGGGGGUGAAGAGGGCGUGGUCGAAAUGUUCCGACCAGUUGUUCCACACUUGGUCCGCACGUUGAAAAGUCUUACGAGCUCGGGGUACACGCCUGAACACGAUGUUUCGGGAAUCACAGAUCCCUUCUUGCAAGUCAAGAUCCUUCAGCUUUUCCGAGUGCUAGGACGAGGAGACGCGGCCACCAGCGAACAGAUCAACGACAUUCUGGCACAAGUUGCUACCAACACCGAGUCCACCAAGAAUGUCGGAAACGCCAUCUUAUACGAAGCAGUCCUUACUAUUCUUGACAUCGAAGCUGACUCGGGUCUGAGAGUGCUGGGCGUCAAUAUUCUGGGGAAAUUCUUAGCCAACAAAGACAAUAACAUUCGAUAUGUCGCACUUAACACGCUGAUCAAGGUGGUCGCCAUUGAGCCUAACGCAGUUCAAAGGCACCGAAAUACCAUUCUAGAGUGCUUGAGAGACCCAGAUAUCUCAAUCCGACGUCGAGCGUUGGAUCUGAGCUUCACCUUGAUCCGCGAAGACAACGUACGGGUGCUGAUACGAGAAUUAUUGGCAUUUCUGGAAGUCGCUGACACCGAGUUUAAACCUGUGAUGACGACGCAGAUUGGCAUUGCGGCAGAUCGUUUCGCCCCUAACAAACGCUGGCACAUCGAUACUAUGCUGCGGGUUGUCAAGCUGGCUGGCAACUAUGUCAAGGAGCAGAUUCUAUCGUCUUUCAUUCGUCUCAUCGCCACCUCGCCUGACCAGCAAACUUAUGCAGUCCAGAAGCUAUAUGCGGCCCUGAAAGCGGACAUCACACAAGAGGCUCUGACCCUGGCCGCUGUCUGGGUCAUUGGUGAGUAUGGUGACUCGUUACUUCGUGGUGGAUCGUACGAAGAAGAAGAGCUGGUGAAGGAAGUAAAAGAAAAUGAUAUUGUUGACUUGUAUACGACAAUCCUCAACUCGACAUACGCAAAUCAGGUGGUGACCGAAUACAUUGUCACUUCUGCAAUGAAGCUGACAACGAGGAUGUCAGACCAGUCACAAAUUGAACGAAUACGGCGCUUAAUGAAUUCCAGAACGGCGGAUCUAAGCAUCGAGAUCCAGCAAAGGGCUGUUGAGUAUAGCAACAUGUUUGGUUAUGACUCGAUUCGAAGAGGCGUGCUGGAGAAGAUGCCGCCACCGGAAAUCAAAGAGGAGCAACGAGUCCUCGGGCAGUCAACGGCGCCUGCUAAGGACAAGAGAAAGACCUUGAAAGCGAAGACAAACGUCAAAGUUGCCAAGGCGACAGAAUCCGACAUGCUUCUUGAUCUUAUGGGGGGAUCGGACCUGCCAGCUGUAGACACGAGUGCUACACUGAACGGCCAACAACAGACAGCAGACUUAUUGGCAGACAUUCUCGGAGGUGGAAGCUCAGUUUCUAGUCCUCCAGCACAAACGAAAAGCCCUGCACCACCAUCCAAUACGGAUGCUAUCAUGGAUCUAUUCGGCAACGGAACUGCCAAACCCACCAGCCCUGCACCUGCUGGACCACAAGCACACCCCGUAUACAAUAAAAACGAUCUGUCGGUUGCGAUUCAAGUCUCAAGAAGUGGUUCUGCAAUACAAGCUAUCGCGAGGUUCAAGAAUAACUCAGCGUUCGAACAGAUGUCAAAUGUCGGCUUGCAGGCCGCAGUACCAAAGAGUCAGAAAUUGACUUUACAAGCGGUAAACAGAAGCGCGCUGGGAGCCGGUGAUGAGGCUACUCAAGGCAUGAAGGUUGUUGCAGCGACCGGGCCCCUGCCCUCAAAACUCCGCCUUCGAUUGAAAAUCUCGUAUGCCAAAGAUGGGAGUGCUCCGGUAACCGAACAAGUCGACUGGACAGAACCAUGA